AUGCCUGAAUAUAAUACCACCAUCCAAAGCUCGCAAGAGGAUCAGUUAGGGCACGAGAAAGUGAAGCCGACAAGUCCAGAGAGCAGCAGUCAUGACGAGAGCAGACGUGGCAGCAAAUUGUCUCAGUCCAUUCACUCCUCAGGUGACAGUGAGGACAUAGACGAUGUAGACCAACAGGAUAGACUAGAAAGAUGCUCAACCAAACAUUCGGCAAUGGGCGAUGCGUCUAUCCAGCCUAUUGAGUCCGUCGUUCAGGUGCCGGAAGAAUUCUACGACAAAUUACCGAAACAUCGAAAGACCAUCAUCUUGUUUCUCAUAUCCUUCAGCUCAUUCCUCUCGCCGAUUUCGAGUACGUCGGUACUAGCCGCGACGCCCGAGGUUGCCGCAGAGUAUCACACGACCGGUUCUAUCGUGAAUCUUGUGAACGCCUUAUACCUCUUGUUCAUGGGCUUGUCUCCUAUCGUAUGGGGACCUCUGAGUCAAGUCUACGGUCGCAGAAUAGUUUGCUUGGUCACAGGCACUGGUUUUGUCUUGGCUAGUAUCGGUACAGCGCUGUCGCCGAACUUGGGAGCUUUCUUCUUCUUCCGAUUGUUCACAGCCUUCCUCGGAACGUCGUUCCUAUUGAAUGGGGCAGCAGUUAUCAGUGAUAUAUAUAAGCCUACGGAACGUGGAACGGCAACUGGCUGGUUUAUGUCGGGCACACUAAUCGGCCCUGCGUUCGGCCCUUUUUUAGGAGGACUUAUUGUGACGUAUACAUCAUGGCGCGUGAUAUUCUGGCUACAGACGGGCCUCGCUGGGAUAGGAACCAUCGGAAUAUUCUUCUUCAUGCCAGAAACAAUCUUUCAUAAGAAGAUCGACGAUCUUCAGGGCUAUAGCGGACGCGAGAAGGGGCGCGCCUUGCUUUCCAUGCUCAACCCUUGGGGUAUACUCAAGCUUUUCAGAUAUCCAAAUUUCAUCUUAGCGGGCUUUGCCAGUUCGUCGCUUGUAUGGAAUAUGUAUAGUAUUUUGACGCCGAUUCGAUAUGUUCUAAACCCGCGGUAUCACUUAACAACCCCAUUGCAAGGCGGACUUUUCUACCUAGCACCGGGAUUUGGGUAUCUCACGGGCACCUUCGUCGGCGGGCGAUAUGCAGAUUAUAUUGUAAAGGUGUACAUUCGCAAGCGUGGCGUUCGGAUCCCCGAAGACCGCAUGUACUCGGCACUGCCAUUUCUGGGCUUUGUGUUACCUGGCAGCGUCAUUAUCUACGGAUGGUGCGUGGAGAAGGAUGCUGGAGGCAUCCCUCUCACAGUAAUUGUCCUCUUCCUGCAAGGUCUAGCACAGCUUUUCUGCUUCCCAUCUUUGAACACCUACUGCCUAGACGUUAUGAGCGGGCGUGGCGCUGAGGUCAUCGCUGGUAACUACGCAAUACGAUACCUUUUCGGAUGUGUAGCGACGGCUGUUGUGCUCCCGGCGAUCCAAAGCAUCGGUGUGGGGUGGUUUUCAACCAUCAGCACUCUAUUCCUCCUCGCAGGUGCGGUGUGCACCUAUCUAACAGUUCGUUACGGAGAGCAGUGGAGGAAUGAUAUCGACGCGAAGCAUAAGAUGAAUAAAUUAAAGCGGCGUAAGGACACGAAUAAUGGCGCUUCGCACAUGUCCACCGAGAAACCAGCAAAUUCUUCGGAGGUGUAGGGAACAG